AUGACAGCUAAUGCCGGACCAACACCCUGCGAGUUAAUCAACACCUACUAUCAGAUAUGUAACCAUGUUACGACAUCUCUUCAUCACUCUACUCGCAUCAUAUCAUCCAAAUCCUCCAAUCCUAAGACGUCUACUUCCUCUGAAAAAACCAUAAUAACCUGUCCACAAGUGAUCCAUAACCUAUCACUCCCUCCUCCACUAGAUCAACGGCAAAAGUCUGAAACAACACUUUGUCCCUCGAUCCUCAAACGUACACUCAUAAAUUCAGGAUAUGGAUGCCCAGAUUGCGAGCCAGAGUAUCAUCAAUCAACCGAUUAUAUUACGACGGGACAAGAUCGCCGGGACGAGAAAAUAGUGGACGAAGAGAAAAUAAAAAAGAAGAGGAUCGAGUGGUGUAUGUUUGCUAUUACGGAAUGGGAGGCUUGGAAACAGGCAGCGCGCGGUCAUGAAUCAUCGGCAAGGGAUGGUUGA